UUCCUCCUGUGAACUAGGGUGGGAUUUAAAACAGCAUUUCAGUAAUUUGUUUUCAAUAUAAUUCUGCAAAAUUUAUAUCAGCAUAUUUAAAAGGGUAGUAAAUCACUGUAUUGAUGGUGAGAGUCAAGGUUACAUAUAAACCCUUUAUUCCCUCCCAAGUACAGCUGAGUGUCUAUUCUAUACUUAGUGCUGCAUACUUAUUCUAAAAGAGAUGUUUUUUCCUAAUUGUUUUCUUUUAUGAACUAACAGACAUACCUGAAAAAUAGUUUUGAGUUGAAGAAUUAGAAAUCCUAUUGCUUUGUCAGGUUUUUUAAAGUUUUUUUUUGUUUAGGUAGUUUUAUCGAGUCACACAGUUUGUUCUAAAAUAAUCUAAUUUAGGCAGAGCAUCAGCUAAUCAAGGGAAAAAUGUAAAAAGCUAGAGAAGAAUGAAUGGAAAACUCAGAAAUUACUUAGUCUACUCCUGAUAGGCAUGUUUGUUUCAUUAUAAUAUAACUUCAGAGAUUUUUGUGUAGUCACAUUAAAUGAAAUCACAAUCUAGGAAACCAUAAUAUAAAGGACAACACAAACCGAUGUGUGCAUAAGUGAGGGCAUUAGCUGAGACAAGUCCUCUUUGCUUUCAGCACCUGUCCGGUUAUAGCAUGUCGGUACAAGUAGCAUCUUUUGUAACCCGUUCUGUAGACUAAUAAGUUUAGGUAUCAGCAAAAAGCAUAUGUUCUGUUCCUCUAACUGGCUUAUAUUUAAAAUGCUAAACAUUGCAGCACUGAAAAUCUUACAGCUUUACACUGACAUUUCAGCACUUAAUUUACCCAUGUCAGGAUACAGUGGGAGAACUGUAUUUUAGAAUAUACGAGUUCUCUUGCAAUUUUUGGUGAACUGAGGUUUGAAACGAGCCUCAAACUUCACAUUUUCAGGUAUUACUUUCCUUCUACUAAAUACAGACGAUGAAAUCAUAAUGAUUGACGUACUUCACAGUUCGUGAUUUUCUUGUGGAGCAAAAAACAAUUCAGCUUACAUCAUAUGUUCUGAAGUAUGCCUUUUCUUUGUCCAGUUAAGAGAAAAUAAAACCAGUUUCCCUGAUCAAAAUGCAAAUAUUGGAUCUAGAAUUUGGUUUAGUGCCAAAAAAUCAAAAGAAGCAGGUUAAACUGUUGUUGCUUAGAUAAAAAUAGAAAGCUACAGUUGGAAGAAGAGAAGUGACUCAGUAAGCAGUAUGGUGAUGGGAAAAUAGGAUGUCAGCCAAAACGCAGGAAGCUAGAUGGGAACACCCAGAUCAGUUUAGCAGUCUGCAUUUUACACUCUCUGAGAGUUGUAGUUUCUGAGAUUACUGGAGGAAAUUUAUGCUUCAAAUGAAUUUAAGUGAAUUUUAUUUCUGUACUUAUUAAGCUGUUGGAACCUAAAGACGUUUUAGUAAAAUGUGAAUUGUACGUUUUUUGUAUUUUUUUUCAGCCUGACUUUAAGACCAGUCUCUUUUUGGUAACUUUAUUUAUGGUAAAGCUGCCUCGAGAUUAGCUCUGGAUGCUGUGAGAGGCGUCCAGCAGAAGUGUACGGUAGAUAGGCAGUGAUACACACAUACCAGUGGACUUACUGCAGCGCUGCAGUCUGGAGUGGAGCUGAUGGCACUGAUUGGUGCUGAUUGAAUUUUAUUGCUCUGGAGCUCCAGAGUAACUUCAUCUGCUGCCAUGUAGCUGUGUCUUGAUUUUUAAAAGUCCCCCCCUUAUGUAUAAGAUGGUGUGGUGUGUUUUGUUUUGUUUUUCUAAUUAUAAACUGGCAUAACAACACAAAAGCAGGUGAAUUUCUUCCUAUUCUCCUACACAAAACUAAGUAGAUCCAGCAAUUUUUUAUAGCUCAUACUCUAUUUUCUUUGAAUAGCAGGUAUGCAUUAGUCCUAAUGUAAAGUUCCUAUGCUGCUAUUUCCUGCCUACAGCUGAACUGCUUUGAUAAGCAAGUAGUGGUUCAGUUUGGUACCCAGGAAGAAGUAAGGAGACAGCAAGAGUAAGAUGAGGUACUGUGCUGCUCUCCUCUUGUUUUCAUAAUGGCUGUCCUGGAGCUCAAAGAUCUUGAGCCCUAAGAAUCUAAGACAGGAGUCAAUGUGGGGAAAAAAAUACGUGUAUAGGAGUAUUCCUAAGAUAAGAUACUUUGGAUGAGUACUUUGAGUAUGAAGCUGAGGAGUUCCUGGUCUCCUUGGCCUUGUUGAUCACUGAAGGUCGAACGCCCGAGUAUUCGAUCAAGGGCAGAACAGAGGGCUUUCAUUGCCCACCGGCACAAUCAAGUCAGCCAACAACAACUAAGCAUGAAUGCAGCGAAAAACUGGCUCAGUGUCGUCAGGCCAGGCGAACCAGAUCUGAGGUUAUGCUACUGUGGAAGAACAAUAUUCCAAUCAUGGUAGAAGUGAUGCUACUUCCAGACUGUUGCUAUAGUGAUGAAGGGCCCACCACCGAGGGGAAUGAUUUAAAUGAUCCUGCAAUCAAACAAGAUGCGUUGCUGUUAGAAAGGUGGAUUUUGGAGCCAGUUCCUCGACAGAGUGGAGAUCGAUUUAUUGAAGAGAAGACCCUUUUAUUGGCUGUUCGCUCUUUUGUUUUCUUCUCUCAGCUAAGUGCGUGGCUGAGUGUUUCACAUGGUGCUGUUCCCCGAAACAUUCUGUACAGGGUGAGCGCUGCAGAUGUGGACUUGCAAUGGACAUUCUCCCAGACACCAACUGAGCAUGUCUUUCCUGUUCCUAAUGUUUCUCACAAUGUGGCCUUGAGAGUCAGUGUCCAGUCUUUGCCGAGACAAUCGAACUACCCAGUUUUGACCUGUAGUAUUCACACCAACCUUAGCUUUUAUGAAAAGCGAAUGCAAGAGCGUAAGUUACAUCAGCACAGUGAUUCCAGUGCAGCACAGCAAUGCAGUACCUCCAGUCCACAGCGCUUCUGUGGGAAACAGACGUGGACGAUGACACCUGAAGGCCUACUUAAUGGAAAAAAGAUGCCUGAAUUUACUACAUCUAUCAGAAAUUUAAAACUUCAUCCAUCUACUGGACUUGGAUCUGACUUUGGGGCAUCGCAGUCUAAAGUUCCGUGCUAUCAUGCUACAGCAGACAAUAAGACACAAUCUCAUGAAACACCUGUCAGAACUUUUAAAUCCUUUUCUCUAGCUGAUUCCCGUGUUUUGAAUAGUCAUUGCUCUCAUCAGCCCACAGGAGAAACCAAUCCUUUGAUAGGCUCUUUACUUCAAGAGCGACAAGAAGUGAUCGCAAGGAUUGCUCAGCACUUGAUUCACUGUGAUCCAGCUACUUCACCAGUUGUUGCUGGACGUCCAUUCAACAUACAUGAAAACAGCUCAGCUACGCCGAAAGCUUUUCGGAGUACUUACGAAGAUGAAAACUUGCCAAGGAAAGGCAAGGAAACCUCCCCUGUUUCUAUUGCCAACUUAGACAAUGCAAUACAAGAAGAUGGUGGUGAAGGUAAAACUAGAGCAAUACCAGAGAUCACACUGCUCGACGCCCGUGUUCCAGUGAACCACUGUGGCCGUCAGUCGGCAGGAGAGAGUAAUCCCCUGAUCGAUUCUCUGCUCCAGGAGCGGCAGGAGGUGAUUGCAAGGAUUGCCCAACACUUGAUUCAUUGUGAUCCAGCUACUUCUCAUGUUACUGGACGUCCAUUCAAAGUGCAUGAGACUAGUCCAGUUACUUCAAAAAUUUUCCGAAGUACAUACGAAGAUGAAAAUUUGCUGAAGAAGGGCAAGGAACCGUCUUCUGUUUCUUUUGCUAAAUCCGAUUUUUCUUUGUUAGAAGACAGCAGUAAAUCAAGGACAAAGACACCUGAUACUCCUAUCAGUCCUUGCAGGUUUGAUGGAGAAUUGAAGGCUUCUCUGAAACUCCAAGCAAGAAGAAAAUUGGUUUUAGCAAAACCCAGUGAAGCUGUCCGAAAUGCAUUUCAUCAGACUUCAAAUAAAACUUCUCAUGCAUUUACUAACAUUCACACAUCAUCAUCAGGUAUUAAAGAAAAUAAGUGUGAAUUGCCAGAUAAAUUGGAAACAAUACAUUCUGGUUAUGCACAGAAAGACCAGAUAACCAAUAGAAUUAAACAGUGUUCAAAUUUCAGCAGCAUUGAUGAACAGAUUUGCACAAAUAAACUUAAAGAAAGAACAGUUGUUAGUGAGAACAAUGGCACGGACAGUUUUAACAAUGUACAGAUAGAUAAAUGCAGAAUACUUGAAGGUACAAAAAAAGCAACUGUGAUGCAGGUAUCUGACUCUUUGCACAAAAAUGAACUCAAGUGUUUAGAUAAAGACUCAAAAAACCCAAAUAUUUAUGAGCAAAAUACUCAGCUUGUUAGUAUUGAAAAUUAUUUAAAUAAAGACCAUGACAGUUUCAAAAACAAAACCAAACAAGAUAAAAUGAAAACUGCGCAUGAUGAGAAUGAAGACCCAAUAGGCCUCGAUUUCCAAAGCACUUCUCAGAAGAAACCUACAGAAGACGGUGUAGUUAAGUGUGAGCGGCUGAAGAACCCAGAUGUACAGAGAGCACCGUCUCUAAAACACACAAAUAUAUGGCGGAAACAUAAUUUUCGAUCCUUGGAUGGAACUUCAACCAAAGCUUUUCAUCCCAGAACUGGAUUGCCUCUGCUUUCAAGUCCCGUUCCUCAAAGAAAAACACAGUCUGGGUGCUUUGAUCUGGAUUCAUCACUGUUGCAGUUGAAAUGUCUGUCUGCAAGAAGCCCACAACAAUGUAUAAACAGAGACAGUGAUCCAGAGAGCCAUGGGAAACCAUUUCUAAGUUCUAGUGCCCCACCUGUAACAAGUCUUAGCCUUCUGGGAAACUUUGAGGAAUCUGUCCUGAAUUUUCGCUUAGACCCGCUUGGCGUCGUGGAGGGUUUCACGGCAGAAGUGGGAGCAAGUGGAGUCUUUUGUCCCACGCACAUGACUCUGCCAGUUGAAGUGUCAUUCUACAGCGUUUCAGAUGAUAAUGCACCCUCUCCUUACAUGGGUGUAAUUACUUUAGAGUCCCUUGGUAAAAGGGGUUAUCGGGUACCGCCUUCAGGAACAAUACAAGUGACCUUAUUUAACCCUAACAAAACUGUGGUGAAGAUGUUUGUGGUGAUCUAUGACUUGAGAGAAAUGCCAGCUAAUCAUCAAACAUUCCUACGGCAAAGAACUUUUUCUGUUCCUGUGAGACGAGAAAUCAAGAGAACUCUCAAUAAAGAAAAUAGUCAACAGACUGAAGAAAGGCUACUACGCUACCUCAUACAUCUGAGGUUCCAGAGUUCUAAAUCUGGAAAGAUCUACCUCCACAGAGAUGUAAGGCUCCUAUUCUCUCGGAAAUCCAUGGAAGUUGAUAGCGGCGCUGCAUAUGAACUGAAAUCUUACACUGAAUCUCCAACAAAUCCUCAGUUUUCACCAAGAUGCUAGCAAACAAUGGCAAACUAAAGUAUUCGUUUUACUGUUGAUUACUCCUUACAAACGAAGAUUGGUAGAGAUGACAGUAUGAAGUUAAGUCUGUAAAGGAAUGAAAAUAGCGCUCGAGAGAGAAGGUUCUUAUGUGAUCCUGGACCAGUUUUUAAAAGGUUUCUGGAAUGAGCUUUGUGUAUUCCAAGUAGACUGGAAACAUACUUAAAUCUAAUCUUUUUGUACUGUUUAAAACCACUUCAUUGGAUGUGUUGCAAUAGCGAAUUCCCAAGUUAGUUUAGUGUUUACACUUUUUAUUUUAUUUUUCAGUUAUUUAAUAUUUAAUGUUUCAUUUAAUACUCAAGUGAUGUUUGUCUUUAGUGUUCUAAUGUAGCAUAAAUCCUAUGUAAAAUCAUACUAUGUAUUUUUGGCAUUAAUAUUGAAAUCUGAAAUAUAUACAGAUGUCUUUAAUCUGUGUGAUGUUUUAAGUGAUAUUCAUUUAAGUUAUUGAAAAUGGGGACAACAGGUGAACUUCCGUAACAUUUCAUACUAUGCAAGCAUUUAGCUUUCUUCUUUUUUCUCUUUAAUGGUACCCUUUUCCUUUUUUUCUCACAUACAGAUUUAGUAACACUUGCAACCAUAGUGCAGAUUGUUCAUUUACUUACGCAUUCAGAUCAUUGGUUUGAUUCAUAUUUUGCUCCCUCAAUUUCUUGCUUUCCUUAAAGGCCACUUUAAUUUUGCUUUCUGUUACUAGUUUUUCUCACAUAAAAUUCGCGCCCUCCCCCAUUUGAUUUCUCAGAUUGUGUUAAAGGAUGUACUCUGCAAACAAAUUAGUAUUUAUAUCUUAAAUAUAUGCAAAAGCUAUGAAACUUGUACUUUUUGUUUUGUUUUUAGAUAAGGAGGAUCUUCAUGUAAUCCUAAAUAUUUUUAAUAGGUCAAUUCCAUUUAGGCCACUAGGUGGCCACAGGAAAUUUUACUAGAAAUGCUACAUUGGGCAUAUAAAUAUUUUCCACUAUGUAUGUGUAUUCCUAAAACAAAACACAGUCAGAUAAACAGUUUAUGCUAAGUGUUAAACUGUGUAACUGAGAGAAAUAAAGUUAGAAGCAUUUGAUUAUA